CGUGGGGCCGCCCCCAGCAGGAGGGGCGUCUGGACCCGCCUUGAGCGCGGCCUGCACCCCCAGCUGCCUCCCUGGGCCGCCGGGUCCCUGCCGCCGCGUUCAGGGCGCACUUUUUCCCUGUGAACUCUCACCUGAGGGUCUUUUCCACGGACUUUCUGAGCGGAAGAGGGAGAGGGAAACGGCCACGUGAGGGGCACACCCGGGGGCUGCCUCCCGCAGGGCCCGACCGGGGCAGGGGGUCGAACCCGCAACCCGGGUACCUGUCCUUGACGGAGAAUUGAACCCGUGACUCCUCGGUGCGCCCGCGAUGCUCUGACCACGGCCCCGGCAGGGCCAGUGUAGGGUUUUGCCGGACGCCGGUGUCUUCAGGGUCCCGGGUGUCCCGCGUGGUGGUGCAGCUGGAGCGCCCGCCUGUGUCCUCGCUGUUUUGUCGAGGAUCAGGGCGCGGGGAUGGCGUGACUCGCUUCUGGCCACACUCGCAGGCCAUACCGCAAUCCGGACCCAGGGAGCCAUGGCGUCCAGGUGGACUCCCUGCAGUGCCAUGGCUCCUCUUUCCCUCUGGCUCCUGGGCGUCAUCCUUCUGAUGGGUGUGUCUGCCCGGCCUGCCAACCACUCGUCUUCCCGGGACAAAGCAGGCCACAGGGAGGACAGUGAGAUCCUGCCCCCGGACCACCUGAACGGGGUGAAGCUGGAGAUGGACGGGCACCUCAACAAGGACUUCCACCAGGAGGUCUUCCUGGGGAAGGACACGGGUGGGUUUGAGGAGGAUGCCGAGCCGCGGAAGAGCCGGAGGAAGCUGAUGGUCAUUUUCUCCAAGGUGGAUGUGAAUGCUGAUAGGAAGAUCAGUGCCAAGGAGAUGCAGCGCUGGAUCGUGGAGAAGACGGCCGAGCACUUCCAGGAGGCCGUGGAGGAGAGCAGGGUGCACUUCCGCACGGUGGACCCCGACGGCGAUGGCCGCGUGUCGUGGGACGAGUACAAGGUGAAGUUCUUGGUGAGCAGAGGUCACGACGAGAGGGAAGUUGCUGCGAAGGUGAAGAGCAACCAGGAGCUGAAGGUCGACGACGAGACACAGGAAGUCCUGGAGAACCUCAAAGACCGCUGGUACCAGGCGGAUAACCCUCCGUCAGACCUGCUGCUGACCGAGGACGAGUUCCUGUCCUUCCUGCACCCUGAGCACAGCCGUGGCAUGCUCAAGUUCAUGGUCAAGGAGAUCGUCCGGGACCUGGACCAGGACGGCGACAAGCAGCUCUCGCUGCCCGAGUUCAUCUCCCUGCCUGUGGGCACCGUGGAGAACCAGCGGGGCCAGGACAUGGAUGACAGCUGGGUGAGAGACAGGAGAAAGGAGUUUGAGGAGCUGAUUGACGCCAACCAUGAUGGAGUCGUGACCAUGGCAGAGCUGGAGGAGUACAUGGAUCCCAUGAACGAGUUCAACGCCCUCAACGAGGCGAAGCAGAUGAUCGCCAUUGCAGACGAGAACCAGAACCACCACCUGGAGCCCGAGGAGGUGCUCAAGUACAGCGAGUUCUUCACGGGCAGCAAGCUCAUGGACUACGCCCGCAACGUGCACGAGGAGUUCUGAGUCCUGCGCGCCGUGUGUCGUGUGCCUGAUGCAGCAUUCGCCGUGUGCAGGAGUCCCGCGUAGUCGCUGCAUCUCGCUUCUGAGAACUCGAGCCUCGGGGGGGCCUGACCACAUCGGGGCCUGUGGGCUCGCUGCCGUGGGAAACAGCACGGCUCCCGGCCUCCUUGAGGCUGCGAGGCUGAGGGGGUGACUGUGCUGUUGGAAUCCAGUGUGGCGGCGGGCGGCGGCCGAGAGCUGCUGUCACCGUUCAGUCUCCAGGAAAACACACCUGUGGCAAGGAUCACUCUAACUUACUUCGCAGUGUAGCCCCUCUUUCUCCCAGCUUUAUCUUUUUGGUGGACAAAAACACAUAAACGGUAAUUUCGAACAUU